CCGAUACAGAACCUCCAUUAUUGAUCUCUAUUUAUUUGUUCCUCUUUAUAUAUAUGUGCGCCUCUGUAUAGUAGUGUAUAUUACACGCUCUCAAUCACCGUGAUUCGACAUGGAGGACAAAGAAACAGAGCUACUCUCUAAAGUGUCUGUAAAUCACAUAUUCUUGGCACAGUUCGAACCAUUCCGAGCCACUCUCCGUAGCCUCCGAUCACGAAAUCCGGAUAUUGCUCGGGCCAUUCUUCAUACGAUCGUCGCUAAGGGUGGCCGAUUCGACUGGGUCCUUUAUUCCCACUCUUGCCCAUCCCCGGCUUUACUUAGUUUCCUAUGCACACUUGAACUCCUUGAAUUCAAAGAACCUACGUCGAACCUUUGGUCGUUUGGUGCGGAAGCGCUGAAAUUGAGGGCAGAGUUUUUGUUGUAUUUGCAAGAUGUAACUUCUAGGGUUUUAGGCAGCCUCAAGAAGAGGGAGAACUCAGAGGCUGGCGAAGGAAAUGGAAUGAGUAGUGAGAAUUUAGAUUUAGAUAACUGUUUGGCUGUUUUAGAAAGGAUAUCUGACAUGAGUCUAAGCAGGUUGAGACCAGAUUUGAUUGAGGACACGUCUACAAGUGAUACUGUGCUGGAUGAGGAGGAAGUUAUGUCUUUAGGGAGGGUGUUUCUUGAAAAUGCUGAUGUUUUUCAAGCUUUGUGUUUGAAUAUUCAAAAACAGGUGAGUGGUGGGAUUGAUGAUGAAAAUUCAGCAAUGCGUAUAUCAUUGAGGUCAGAACUUAAGAGUGAAGAGGCUGAGGAGAAGGUGCUAAAAUUGAUCCAAAGAAGUGUUCAGACUUCACAUUUGGAUGCUAUGAAGGAAUGCUUGGUAAAGGAUGAUGUGGAUGGAGCAGUUUCACAUAUUAGGUUUCUCAAUUUGGAUUAUGGCGUGGAGGAGAAGGAGCUGCGCCUGGUUUUGCAUGAUAUUCUCAAGAGGAUUUUGGCAAUGGUGGAUGAUUAUAGAGAUGCCUGGCUUGCAUCCAGAUUCAAACUUUUGUCAGUUUAUGGAGAAGCACUUUCGUCUGGUUGUGCACACCUAGUUCAAAUGAUUCAGGCUAUUCAAGAUGAGUUGCUCUUUGUGGAUAUGGAUAGUUUGAGAUCUCGUAGUGAACACACUACUCUCCCCCUUCUGCGCCUUCAGAAUUUUGUAAGAGAACUGAAACCUGACACUGGUUCAGGUGAAACGGAAAGAUUAUUGAGUAUCGCUACGAGUGCAUGCUUGAGGGAAACUUACCAUUUUGCUCGUGUUAGUGGCUUGCAUGUGCUGGAAAGUGUCAUGGAUACUGCAUUAUCUUUUGUGCGCAAUGGGGAACUCCAAGAAGCUAGAAAUGUUCUCUUUUUGUUUCCCCGACUUCAACCUCUGGUAGCUGUUCUUGGUUGGGACUUGUUGUCUGGUAAAACAAUGUUGAGGAGAAAACUGAUGCAAGUACUAUGGACUAGCAAAUCACAAGAUUUUUUUUUGCACGACUCUCUUCGUUAUAGUUCAAAAUUAAAUGAGGCGUCAUGUGUUGAACAUCUUUGUGAUUUAUUAUGUUACCAGCUUGAUCUUGCUUCUUUUGUUGUGUUUGUUAAUUCCGGUCAAUCCUGGAGUUUGAAAUCAUCCUUACUUUCGUACGGGAAUGAACAAUCAGAUAAAGAAAGAGAAAGCAUUAAAUGGGAUCCAUUUGUUGAAAACUUUGUGCUAGAAAGAUUAUCCGUGCAGAGUCCACUUCGGGUAUUGUUUGAUGUUGUUCCAAGAAUUAAAUUUCAAGAUGCGAUAGAGCUGAUCAGCAUGCAGCCCAUCACUUCAACACUAGCAGCCUGGAAGAGGGUGCAAGAUAUUGAACUUAUGCACAUGAGAUAUGCCAUGGAAUCUGCUGUUCUUGCUCUGGUGGCCAUGGAAAAAAAUAUACAUGUAGGAGACGCAAAGGAGGGCACUGAUAUGUGCCAUUUGAGAGAUGUGAAGAGCCAUCUUGAUGCCAUCAACAGUAUUCCCAGAAAGAUAUUUAUGGUGAACACUAUCAUCUCCACUCUUCAUAUGGUUGAUCUCUCUCUCGGUUCAGAAACUUCUACCUCAUCGAGGAGUUCAUCUGAACUGCCCACUACUUUCAGAAGCGGCAAUUUGGACAAUGCAGUUAGAGAGUCAGUGAAUGAGACUGUUGUAUUGUUUAUUGGGCAAUUACUUGAUAUAUUACAGCACAAUAUAGCAUCAUCAGAGGAGAAUUACUGCAAUGAGAAUAUAUCAUCUGGUGGAAAAGAAACCCUUGGGUGGCUAAUCUUGAAUGCCAGGCAUUUUAUUGAAGAUUGGAGAUGGCGGUUGUCUAUUCUGCAAUGCCUACUGCCAUCGUCUGAGCGGCAAUGGAAAUGGAAGGAAGUUCUAGCAGUGUUACAUGCAGCACCUUCAAAGCUGCUGAAUCUUUGUAUGCAGAGGGCAAAGUUUGACAUUGGAGGGGAAGCUGUUAAACGUUUCUCUUUACCUCCAGAAGACAAAGCUACACUAGCAUUACUUGAAUGGGUAGAUGGUACCGUCAAAAGAGCAUCUGUGGAGGAUGCUGUAACCCGUGCUGCUGAUGUAUAUUCUGCUGUCCAGCAAUUAGACUUUUCUUCUUUACAUGCUCAGUUAGGCCCUUUGCAUGCUAUUUUGUCAUGCAUUGAUGUAGCUGCAACGUCGGCAAAGUGCCAGACCAUAUGUCUGAAACUUUUAAAUGAGACUAUGGGUGAGUGGGCAGUGAUGGAGUGUAACUGGGGUUGGGGAUGGGUGCGACUGGACGACUGGUGCAGUGGUGUAGUGGCAUGGGUUAGCAAUGUAACUAUAAGGUCAUAUCCCGGGGUUGGGACGAGGGUAGGAGGUUCGCAGAGGGGUAGUGUAGUGUCCCAUGUGCGUUUCGGCUCAUGGAACAUAGGGACCCUCACAGGUAAGUCAAUUGAGUUGGUGCAAGUUCUCAAGAGGAGAAGGAUUCAGGUGGCGUGCGUGCAAGAAACCAGGUGGGUGGGCACUAAGGCGCGAGAGGUUGAUGGUUUCAAACUGUGGUAUUCAGGUUCAGCUAGGGGAAGGAAUGGAGUCGGUAUUCUGGUGGCGCCGGAGCUGCGAGAGUUUGUGGUGGAGGUGAAGAGGAUUAGUGAUCGUCUGAUGUUUAUCAAGUUGGUUUUGGGUGGGUGUGCGAUCAAUAUCGUGAGUGCUUACGCCCCGCAUGUUGGCUUGGCAGAUGAAGUAAAGAGGGAGUUUUGGGACACCUUGGAUGGAGUGGUUGUUGGUUUUCCACUGACUGAGAAAGUCAUCAUAGGAGGUGACUUCAAUGGCCAUAUUGGAGACUCGGCUGAGGGCUUCGAGGACGUGCACGGUGGUUUUGGCAGCAGGAACCCAGCGGGAGUUUCACUCUUGGAGUUUGCCAGAGCGAGUGACAUGGUGGUUGCUAACUCUUGUUUCCCUAAACGAGACAACCAUUUGGCUACAUUUGUUAGUGGAGUGGGGACGACACAAAUCAACUCUCUUCUCCUGCGCAGGUGUGAUCGGGUGCUCUGCAAGGAUGCUAAAGUAAUUCCGAGUGAAAACAUCACUACCCAACACAAGCUUCUGGUGAUGGAUGUCAUGAUAAGAGAGGCUACUGAUAUGUGGGCGCGGACUGCUAACUGCAUCAAGGAAACAGCCAGGGAAGUGUUAGGUGUGAGCUCUGGCUCUGGGAGUAGGCGUCAGGGUGAUUGGUGGUGGACCGAUUCAGUCCGAAGUAAGGUGGAAGCCAAGAAGGUGGCAUAUUUGAGGUACAUGGGCUGCAAUGUUGAGGAGGAAAGAGCGGCGUUACGAGUGGAGUACAAGAAGGCACGUAAAGAAGCUAAGUUAGAGGUUACGAGGGCAAAGAAUGCCGCUUUUGAACGCCUCUACAAGGAUAUUGAGGAGAAAGGCGGUGUUAAUCCACUGUUCCGGCUUGCUAAGGUGCUUGAGAGGAAGGCCCGAGAUCUGGACCAAAGGCUAGUUCUUGAUGAGCUGGGGCAGUCCGGGGCGUCUCGUGUGUACUGUCGGCGCAUUUGCCUGGAAGAGGUGGUUUGGGCUCUCCGCGGGAUGCGUAGUGGGAGAGCUUUGGGAUCAGAUGAGAUUCCGGUGGAGUUUUGGAAGCAUGCGGGUCGUGGUGCGUGGGUUUGGUUAACCAAACUCUUCAAUGUUAUCUUCCGGACAACAAGGAUGCCUGAUGAGUGGAGGGAGAGUCUCUUGGUCCCUCUGUUUAAAGGCAAAGGUGACAUUCAGAGCUGCGAGAAUUAUAGAGGCAUCAAACUGCUUAGCUACACCAUGAAGGUUUGGGAGCGAGUCAUUGAGUAUAGGGUGCGGAAAGGGGUUAGCAUCUCUGAGAACCAGUUUGGUUUCAUGCCUGGCAGAUCGACUACAGACCAUUCACCUCGGCGAGGCGCCAUAGUUCCAACUUAUUCUGAAUCGCGCGAUGGGGAUAUGUACGAUGGGGCUAUGACUAGGGUAAGGACCUCCGGGGGUGACUCUGAGUCAUUCUCGGUAGGGAUGGGGUUGCACCAGGGGUCUGCCCUUAGCCCUUUUUUGUUCGCCUUGGUGAUGGACGUCCUAACUCAAGGUGUUGAAGAAGGGGUCCCAUGGUUCAUGCUUUUUGCGGAUGAUAUUGUGCUUAUCGACGACACAUGUGAGGGACUAAACGAUAAGUUGGAACUAUGGCGCCUUGCCCUUGAGACUAAAGGAUUCAGAAUAAGUAGGAACAAGACUGAAUACAUGGAAUAUCGUUUCAGCGGCCGGGAAGCAGAAUCAAAAGUGGAUGUUAGGAUUGGCUCUCACCUAGUACCUAAGGUAGACAGGUUUCGAUAUCUUGGCUCGGCUCAGGUUAUGCUUUCAGAGAUCUAUCUUGGUACUCCCCCUGAAAUGGGGUCAAAAUACUGGGAUCAGAUUCAUGACAUGGCAAUGAUAUCUGUAGUUAAGCGCCUCCUUAGAUAUUUACAGGAACUACUUGAGCAGGAUAAGUCCUCCGAUCUUCAGGCCAUUUUAUCAGGAGAGGUGCUCCUUCUAUCCUCAAAGGAGUGUAACCAGAAAGCGCAUCGAGAACGCGCUCUUGUUAUGCUUCAUCAAAUGAUUGAAGAUGCUCAUUUUGGGAAAAGGCAGUUUCUUAGUGGUAAGCUUCAUAAUCUUGCAAGAGCAGUUGCUGAAGAAGAAACAGAAAGAGAUAACUUCAAAGGAGAGAGCUCAUAUUCUGAUUGGAAAGGAUCUCUAGUGUGUACCAGAAAUGGGAUUAUAGGUCUUGGCUUGAAAUCUUCGAAACCAGUAUCGCAAACUUCUGCAACUAGUGAAAGUAAUGUACUUUCUGACAACUAUGUCUGCAAAGAAACAGGGAAGAGAUUAUUUGGGCCUUUAAGCUCCAGGGCAGUAACAUAUCUCUCACAAUUUGUUAUCUACAUCGCUGCAAUUGGUGAUAUUGUUGAUGGGACUGAUACAACUCAUGAUUUCAAUUACUUCUCUCUCGUUUAUGAAUGGCCUAAAGAUCUUUUAACUCGCUUGGUCUUUGAGAGAGGCAGCACGGAUGCAGCUGAAAAAGCAGCAGAAAUAAUGUCUGCUGAUUUUGUGCAUCAAGUAAUAUCUGCGUCAGUGCCUCCAGUUUAUCCUCCAAGAUAUGGUCAUGGUUGGGCUAGUGUUGCAUUGGUUCCCACAUUUCCUAAUAAUGACUUUGAAAGCAGUGCAACGACUAUUUCAAGGGCGGCUAAGCUUGAUACGAUCAGCAGUUCACCAUCUACCACUGGACUACCUUUAUACCCUCUCCAACUGGAUAUAAUAAAGCAUCUAAUCAAAUUAUCCCCAGUUAGGGCUGUCUUAGCAUGUGUCUUUGGUAGCAGCAUACUUCAUCAUGGAAGUGUAACUUCCAUUUCUAGAUCAUUCCAUGCUGGCAUGAUACAAAUAUCAGAUUCAAAUAGAUUAUUUUAUGAGUUUGCACUUGAUCAAUCCGAGAGGUUUCCUACCCUGAAUCGCUGGAUACAGAUGCAAAGCAACCUUCAUAGUGUGUCAGAGUUUGCCGUGAAGACUGACCAUGCUUCAAAAAAUGGUAACAAUGAACCUAAAAGUAGGGCAUCUAUGAAAAGACUUCGUGACUAUGGAAGUGACAGUGAAUCAGAAGUUGACGAAAACACACACAGCAAUAAUAUGGUAAGAAGAUCUUCAGAGGUAAAUAACGAGGAAACCAUUCAUCUCGAUCCGUGGGGCAUUCCUCCAAAGUCUAUACCUGCUGAUCGUGAUUCGGUUCUUCUUUCGUUUGACUGUGAAAAUGAAGGUCCUUACGAAAAAGCUGUUGAACACUUAAUUGAGGAGGGAAAGUUGAUGGAUGCUCUUGCUAUCUCCGACCGCUUCUUACGCAACGGUGCCUCAGACUGGCUGCUCCAACUCCUACUCGAACAUGGUGAAGAAAAUAAUUCAGGACAGUCUCAAAGUUACUCAGGCAAUCACCCCUGGAGCAACAGUUGGCAGUAUUGUCUAAGGUUGAAGGAUAAACAUCUGGCAGCUAGACUUGCCCUCAAAUAUUUGCGUCAAUGGGAGCUAGAUGCUGCUUUGGAUGUUCUUACUAUGUGCAAUUGCCACUUGCUUAAUACAGAUCCUUUAAAAAAUGAGGUUGAGCAAAUGAGGCGAGCCCUCUUUAGGUUCAAGCAUAUAUUAUGUGCUGAUGACCGCUACAGUAGUUGGCAGCAGGUUGAGAUACAUUGUAAAGAUGAUCCCGAGGGCCUUGCACUUAAAUUAGCUGAGAAAGGAGCUGUUUCUGCUGCUCUAGAAGUUGCUGAAAGUGAAGGUCUUUCUGUUGAACUUCGGAGAGAAUUACAGGGUCGCCAACUUGUGAAGCUCUUGACUGCAGAUCCUUUAAAUGGUGGAGGUCCUGCAGAAGCAUCACGGUUUCUUUCUUCUCUACGUGACACUGCUGAUGCUUUACCAGUUGCAAUGAGUGCAAUGCAGCUUUUGCCAAACCUUCGAUCAAAACAUCUUCUUGUUCACUUUUUUCUGAAGAGUAAGGAUAAUAAUUUAUCUGAGGCGGAAGUCUCUAGGCUCAACUCAUGGGCUUUAGGUCUUCGUGUCUUGGCAGCCCUGCCUAUACCAUGGCAGCAAAGGUGCUCUUCCUUGCAUGAGCACCCCCAUUUGAUUCUUGAAGUUUUGUUGAUGAGGAAACAACUUCAGUCUGCUUCUGUGAUUCUUAAAGAGUUUCCUUUGUUGAAAGACAGUGUAAUUAUCACAUAUGCUGCCAAAGCUAUUGCUGUCAGCAUCAGUACACCUUCUAGGGAGCACCGAGUUUUAGUUACUGGUCAAAGGCCAAGGCAGAAAAAAACAGGAACACCUAUGCGGUCAUCCUUUUCAAGUAGCCUAAGUAACUUGCAAAAAGAGGCUAGAAGGGCUUUUUCUUGGGCUCCCCGCAAUAAUGGAGAUAAAUCUGCUCCAAAAGAUACAUACAGGAAGAGAAAGACAUCUGGGUUAAUGCAACCUGACAGAGUGUCUUGGGAGGAAAUGACUGGUAUUCAGGAAGACCAUGUGUCUUCUUUUUCUGUAGAAGGGCAAGAGCGACUUGCUAGUGCUACUAUUGCAGAGGAGUGGAUGCUCACAGGUGAUAUAAAGAAGGAUGAAGCUAUUCGUUCCAGUCAUCGUUAUGAAAGUGCUCCUGAUAUUAAUCUCUUUAAGGCACUUCUUUCACUUUGUUUGGAUGCAAGGGCAUCAGCCAAAGCAGCUCUUGACUUGUGUGUUAAUCAGAUGAAAAAUGUGUUAACCUCUAAACAAGUACCUGAAAAUGCAUCUAUGGAAACUAUUGGUCGAGCAUAUCAUUUGACAGAAUGUUUUGUGCAGGGUCUUCUCUUUGCAAAAUCAUUGCUAAGGAAGCUUGCAGGGGGUAAUGACAUGUCAGUUAGCGUUGAGGGAAGUAGAGAUGCUGAUGAUUCAUCUUCUGAUGCUGGCAGCUCUAGUGUGGGUAGUCAAUCAACAGAUGAUUUAUCAGAAGCACUAGCACAAGUUGAGAUUUGGCUAGGACGUGCUGAAUUGAUGCAGAGCCUUCUUGGUUCUGGAAUAGCUGUGUCCCUUGAUGAUAUUGGUGAUAAAGAAUCAUCAGAACAUCUUCGAAACAGACUUAUUUUAGACGAAAAGUAUAGUAUGGCUGUAUACACAUCCAAGAAGUGCAAGAUUGAUGUUUUUCCUGUGUGGAAUGCAUGGGGCCAUGCUCUAAUUCGGAUGGAGCAUUAUGCACAAGCUCGAGUAAAAUUCAAACAAGCUCUUCAGUUACACAAAGGUGAUCAUGCAAGUGUGAUUUUGGAGAUUAUAAAUACAAUUGAAGGAAGCCCACCUGCUGAUGUUUCAUCCGCGCGGUCAAUGUAUGAGCAUUUAGCUAGAAGCGCGCCCGCAAUUCUUGAUGAUUCUCUUUCUGCUGAUUCCUAUCUUAACAUUCUGUACAUGCCAUCUACAUCUCCACGUUCUGAAAGAUCCAGGCGAUCCCAUGAACCAUCAAAUGAUUCUGCUGCUUAUGACGCUGACAUUGAAGAUGGGCCUCACAGCAACUUGGAUAGUGUUAGAUAUAUUGAGUGUGUAAAUUAUUUUCAAGAAUAUGCUCGUCAGCAUUUGCUUGAUUUCAUGUUUAGGCAUGGACAUUACAAGGAAGCUUGCUUGUUAUUUUUCCCUCCCUCUUCUUUUCCUCCACCACCCCAGCCAUCUUCGGGUGUCACUUCCUCUACUUCUCCUCAAAGACAAGAUCAACUGGCAACCGAUUAUGGCAAUCUUGAUGUUUUGUGUGAUCUUUGCAUUGCUUAUGGGGCCAUGCCUGUACUGGAGGAGGUAUUGUUUGAAAGAACCUCGAAGAGUGCAUCACUAGACACUUUAGUACAUGAGCACACUGUUGCUGCACUUGCCCGCAUUUGUAAUUAUUGUGAGACACAUAAACACUUCAACUAUCUAUACAAGUUUCAGGUAAUCAAGAAAGACCAUAUAGCUGCUGGGCUUUGCUCUAUUCAGUUGUUUAUGAACUCAUCUUCUCAAGAGGAAGCUAUAAAACAUUUGGAACAUGCCAAGAUGCAUUUUGACGAUGAGCUAUCUGUGCGAUCCAAAGGAGGAGUAUCUACUAAGCUUGUUUCAAAGGGUGUAAGAGGGAAAAGUGCUGCUGAGAAGCUUUCAGAAGAAGGUCUUCUCAAAUUUGUUCUUAGGGUUUCCAUUCAGCUCGAUGUCGUAAAAUGCUUUAAUGAUUCUGAGGGACCACGAUGGAAGCAUUCUCUAUUUGGGAAUCCAAAUGACCCUGAAACAUUCAGGAGGAGGUGCGUGAUUGCAGAGACUCUUGCUGAGAGGAAUUUUGGUUUAGCAUUUCCACUGAUUCAUGAAUUCAAUCUUCCGGCUGUUGACAUAUAUGCUGGAGUCGCUGCAUCACUUGCUGAGAGGAAGAAGGGAGGACAGCUAACAGAAUUCUUUAGAAAUAUUAAAGGCAUAAUAGUUGAUGAUGAUUGGGAUGAGGUCUUGGGGGCUGCUAUCAAUGUUUAUGCAAACAAGCACAAGGAGCGUCCUGACCGUCUUAUUGACAUGUUGACUAGCAGCCACAGAAAGGUACUGGCCUGUGUUGUUUGUGGUCGUCUCAAAAGUGCAUUCCAAAUCGCUUCUAGAAGUGGAAGUUUGGCCGAUGUUCAGUAUGUGGCACAUCAGGCGCUACAUGCUAAUGCACUUCCAGUUCUUGAUAUGUGCAAACAAUGGCUGGCUCAGUACAUGUAGUUAUCGUGCCCAAGAAUAUAAUAUCUGGAUUCAAGCCGUCCGUGUGUUGUACAACGUUAGUUUCUUGAUGUAAAGCUUUUUUUUAAUUAGGUGAUAACAAACAAGAUUUGUUAAUGGCUCUUGAAUGCUUGAUGAUGAGGCAUCGAGUUUUGCUCGCACAAGGGUAUAAACACACCAUAUAUCACUUCUAGUCACGUAAAAUUUUAUUAUCUACCCCUUAUGAUACCGGUGAUUAGUGAGUGGUUAAGGGGUUGUGUGUUUAGUUGUAAGCUGGUGUUGGUUUAUAAAUACCUCAUUUCUCUGUACUUCUGAGAUCAAUGAAUGAAUAACAAAUAU